GAGAGCUACACAAGCAUUAUGACAUCUCAGCCUGCCAGACAGCCACAGAAACACUCCAUACGCUCGUUUGAGUUCUUGAGUCGGUUUUAUAGCUUGAUCGUAAAAUGGAAAGAGCACGAGGACUAUGCAUCAACAUGAAACCUCUAUUAAGGGAAUGCCUUGCUGAAUUUCUUGGAGUAUACAUCAUGAUUCUAAUGGGUGUGGGAUCCAUGGCUCAGAUGAUCACCAGUAAAGGCACUAAAGGGGACUACUUCUCCAGCACAAUUGCCUUUGCUCUGGCUACUACAUUUGCCAUGUACAUCUGCGGAGGGGUGUCAGGUGCUCAACUGAACCCAGCUGUGUCCUUCGGCAUGUGUGUGAUGGGAAAGCAUCAGUGGAGGAAACUGCCAUUCUACACCCUCUUCCAGAUGCUGGGCUCUUUCUGUGGAGCUGCUACUGUCUAUGCCCUGUAUUAUGAUGCCAUUAUGAACUUGACCCAGGGGAAAUUCACAGUCACUGGACCAAACGCCACCGCACACAUCUUCUCCACCUAUCCGGUUACCUCAGCAUCUGGAAUGGCUUUGUGGAUCAGGUGAUAGGUACGGCUGUGCUGAUAGUGUGCUCUCUGUCUCUCAGGUGAUAGGUACGGCUGUGCUGAUAGUGUGCUCUCUGUCUCUCAGGUGAUAGGUACGGCUGUGCUGAUAGUGUGCUCUCUGUCUCUCAGGUGAUAGGUACGGCUGUGUUGAUAGUGUGCUCUCUGUCUCUCAGGUGAUAGGUACGGCUGUGCUGAUAGUGUGCUCUCUGUCUCUCAGGUGAUAGGUACGGCUGUGCUGAUAGUGUGCUCUCUGGCUCUCAGGUGAUAGGUACGGCUGUGCUGAUAGUGUGCUCUCUGUCUCUCAGGUGAUAGGUACGGCUGUGCUGAUAGUGUGCUCUCUGUCUCUCAGGUGAUAGGUAUGGCUGUGCUGAUAGUGUGCUCUCUGUCUCUCAGGUGAUAGGUACGGCUGUGCUGAUAGUGUGCUCUCUGUCUCUCAGGUGAUAGGUACGGCUGUGCUGAUAGUGUGCUCUCUGUCUCUCAGGUGAUAGGUACGGCUGUGCUGAUAGUGUGCUCUCUGUCUCUCAGGUGAUAGGUACGGCUGUGCUGAUAGUGUGCUCUCUGUCUCUCAGGUGAUAGGUACGGCUGUGCUGAUAGUGUGCUCGCUGGCUCUUGGGGACCGGAG